GCAAUUGGCAAUUGGGUUUUAGCUAGCAGGGAAGGCUGCUGACGUCGAGAGAGAGAGAGCUAUCCAAUUCCCGCUGUUGCGGCUACAAUUCCACCUCCUCCUCAAAGUCGCCAACACACAAACCACCCGCAACAAUGCGCGCGACUUUCCGCCUCCUCGCGUCCGUCCGCCCGACGGCGCGGUACCUCGAGCCCGGCCAGCCCACCGGUAUCACUGGCCUCCCGACACACAACGCCCCGCGCUCCAUGCUCCUCUACCUCUACAACGCCACCCUCGAGAAGCUCAAGGCCGUGCCCGAGCACUCCGUUUACAGGCAGUCCGUCGAGGCUGUGACCAAGCAGCGUCUUGCGCACGUCGAGUCGGUUGUCCCCCCCGGGUACAAGGAGUGGGCGGCCAAGGCGAAGGAGAUCCUCAAGCAGGAGCCCGAGAAGUUCAGGACGACCAACACGGCUACGAAUGAGAUGCUCGGGGCCGCGAAGGUGGAGAGGGAUGGUCAGGUGUUUGUUGUGAGGCAGUUGCCGAGCGAGGUUGAUAUGCGGUAUCAGCAGUGGGAUGGGGAGGUGAAUGACGGGCCGGAGUUGGAGGGCAGCAGGACGCAGGAGGAGAUGGAGUGGCAUGUCAAGACUCAGUUUGAGAGGGCUGAGGCGCUGGAGCAGAAGGAGGUUGAGUGGGAGCCUGAGCCGCAGUUGACUGCUGAGCAGAUUGCUGAGCUGGAGAACAAGAUUGGUGCUGGCUUGAUUGAGGAGGUCAUCCAGGUCGCUGAGGGCGAGCUCAAGCUGACGGAUACCAUGAUUGAGUCCAAGGUUUGGGAGCCCCUUGAGGAGCCUGCGGCCGAGGGCCAGUGGGUUGCUUUUGAGAGAACUGCUUAAAUAGAGUAGAGGGCGGUAGACAAAAGAAGAAGAGUGUAGCAUCAAAGACUCUGUACAUGAUUAAUUACAGAUGCAUGUCCCCCGUUGCUUAUGCUGGCGGGAAGGAUGUGGUAGCUGGGCACGUUGAGUGGCGUGUAGAAUGACGGAGUCGACAUCUCCUGUAUGAUUUUGACUGCUUGAAUAUAUAACUUUUGAGU